AUGAUAACACAAACAUCGCUCACGACCGCAUUCUACGACGAUCCCUUCGAGAGACCAUCGACGCCUCCUGACUCGCCUCUCAGAGACACAUUCUGCCCCAAGGAAGUCACGCAUCUUCAUCAUAUCGCACCUCCACCUGGCAUCGAGCCUGCAAAAGACUGCAGAGGACAUCCUCUGGAGCUGGAUGAGACAAACACAAACACAAACACAAACGCGGUUCUGCACCGAGCAAAGCCUCAAGUCCCACCGAAGCCGCGCGAGCUUGACUUCUUUGUCUCCAAUGGGCACGUACUACCCCGACACCGCAGCGGCGGCUCUAUAACAGAGUAUACGGCUCAAUUCCCCACGCAGCACCUCGCUCGACACCAAGCCUGCUUGCACCAACGGGAAUUCUGUUUGAGGUUCGACGACACGGACGACCUCAACAAGACAUGCUGUCAUCACCGCCAUGAAACGCUCUAUAAGCACGAGCUUCGUGGCGGUGUGCCUGUGGAGAUCUUCACCCAUACAUGCGAGAUCAGCCAUCCUGGCACAGCUCAAGAGCAACAGGAGGAGGAAGAAGACACUCUGAAAGUGCAUGAA